AUGCCUCUCUUUUCUUUUGUUCUUCUUAUUCUUACCGUACUGAAAACUCUCAGCGAGAAAAAGAUAGAUAAUAUCGCGGAGAAACUCGCGGAGCUAAGUAAUGCCUUGGGAGCUGGCCAAAACUCAACUCAAGGCGCUGCAACUCCUGCAACUGCCGCCUUACACAUCACAACACAGCCACCCGAAACAACAUCUUCAUCGCCUGGCAAUGACGUUGGGGGGGAGAUUCUUACUCCAAGGCUGGAGCACGAAGGAGAAUCCUCUCUCUCAGCUCAAGCCGCUUUUGCUAAUGAAUUCCUCGAAGAUGCUAUAAUCAACAAGCCAAAUGGCAUCGAUGUCGCCACUGAGAUGUCUUCCGUUCUACAGUCUUUGAUAAAGUCGUUGGGAAGGGAUUCAAAGCCACAGGAACUGGAUUAUCUGUAUCCUCAUGCUAGAGCCCUCAAGUCAGGACUUACACUACGCAACCUUCCUAUGCCACCCGUAGAGAAAGCUUUCAUCUGCCUCAGAAUGGCCAAAGGUAUUAGGAAUCGUAUUUUAUUCCUUCUGCGCUUGUCCAAUGCUGAAAAUUCUAUGAUAGAAAACCCCAGAAUCCGGUUCUUUUGGGAUAAUGAAGCGACGUCCUUUACUGACAUCUCCCUCAAGGUGUACUCGCCAGGAGACGUUACUCACGCCGACCUCAUCACAGUUAACGCGGGAUUAUAUUGGCUGUUUCGUCAAUGCAGACAGAUGAUCACAGAUUCGUGCCAAAAGGCUGACUUUGAGGCGCAAGCUCUCAUUUGCAGGGACAAUCUCGAGACCGUAUUGGCUAAUCUGCCCUUUCACCAACCCUGCGAUACCACCACAAGCAUAUACUGCCUAGAAACAUGCAAACCUUCUGCAGCAUGGGACUUUAUCACAUCCGCGUCACACUUAAGCCAAACUCUAGGCUUACAUAGCAAAACCACCAUGGCUCUCGAUCCUCCAGACCUCAGAAGCACCAAGAUCGGAAUAUUCUGGCUGGUUUACAUACAAGAGAAGGGUCUCUCUCUUAGGCUUGGUCGGGCGUCAACCAUCCGUGACGCCGACAUCACUAUCCCGGUUCCGAGCAUGGAGUGUAGACCGAAUAUAGGUUACUUUGGCCAACUGGAUAAGAUGAAAGAAUUGGCCUCCCUACAAGGCAAGAUCUACGACCAACUCUAUAGUUCUGCUGCUCUGGCGCAGCCACAGAGUGUUAGAGCCACGAGGGCAAGAGGUCUUGCAUCAGAGCUUGAAAUGCACGCAAAUUCAGUAGGACCUAGCGAUAAGCUGUACUUGGACGCGCUGCGUCAGGCUACCGGUAGCGAGUUUGUGAAGGCCUUCGUCUGCACCACCAAAGUGCUCCACUUAUCCCUCUUCUGCCUCAUAUUCAGAGCCAUACCUGGUGAGACGAAACAGGGUAACAUGCUUGGAAGUGAGUGUAUUGAUAGUGCCCACCGAGCUCUUGAAGCACACAAGGAAUGGCAGUCUGUAGUGGCUACAUUACAGGAUGAAUUUCUAGAGACCUAUGUACACUUGUAUGUAUUUCCGAAUUUGUCUCAGUACAUUUGUCUAGCGUCCUCUCUUUAUAGGGCUCUCAUACAUUCGCCCUUCGUUCCAUACGUUGUCGUCUUUUGUCACAUUAUCGAGACUGGCGACAAAAACGGGCUUGAGCUGCUGGAAAGUGUCGUCAAGACCUUACAACCCCCUACAGACUCGGCGUUCUCUUCUGGGCCUAGGAAAGAGUACCAUCUGUUUAAAGCUUUACAUGAUGCCGCUCGAAAGUACCUUGAAGCUAGACAGAGCAAGGAUGCUAUAGUCUUUGGCUCGUGGGAAAAUGCAUCUUGCUCUACAUACGUGCCAGCACCGACUCAUCAACAACCUGCCAUGGUCACGCCGAUUUUAAGCUUACCAAACUCCCAAAAUUCUGUAAGCACAUCGUUGGAAGGGACAGCUGAAUGGAUGCCUCAGCAGUACGGUACAUCUGGUGACAUGGAUGCUGAUAUCGACCAAUAUGGGGCACAGCUUGGGAAUUGGCUUCUCAUGAACAAUCAGAUGACAAGGGCUCUUGAAGAUAGCUACUUUUUGGAUGACAUGGUCUGGGAGGAAUGUCGAAACUGA